ACCUUGCGGCGUCCGCUCCGCCCGCCACAGCGAAAUCAAAACAAACAAUUUGAAAAACAACGGACCACAAUUCAUAAUUUAUUAAAUUUAACUUUCUUCGACCUGUUCAGUGUUAGUAUUUGUGGAUUAUUCGAUCAUGGAAGCAUUUAAUGAGAUAUGUGACGAAGAAUUUAUUCCUUUCCUGCAAAGCCUCGGCGUAGAAACGUAUAAAAAAUCCUUUGAAUGGAUGCUGAAUGAGAAGGAUUUUGCGGACAUACUUAGAUGGUUAUACCAUAAUUUAGACCAUAACAACGCGCUCAGUGCACGAGAAGAAUGCAGAUAUGCAGAAAUAGAGAAACAGGGCCAACUAAUGUCUUCAGAAGAUUUAGAAAAGUAUUUGAUGAAUUUACAAAAUGAAUAUGAUGGCCUCUGUCUGCCGGGUGAUAAGGAUGCCAUAGAAUAUGUCAAAUUUGACAUUAACAUGCUGAAAGAAAGAUUGCACAUGCUGGAAAAACACGAAGAAGCUUUAGAAGAUCUCUUAAAACAGAAUGAUCUGGUAAAAGAGGAGUUAAAUCAGGAGGUGACAAAACUCCAUUCGGCUGAGCAACAGUGCGCUGAAGAUGAAUCUACUGUGGCUGAAGAGUGCAUCAGUCUGGCUAAUGAAGUGGAAAAUAUCACUGAGGAAGUUAUAGCUGUGGUCGCUGAUACUUUGGACUUAUACAGAAACACUGCAGGAAAUAAGGAUGUAUCAAAAAAAUUCUUCACUUUCGGUCCAUUUGAGUCAUACAGGCAGACACAAGCAUUGUUCCGGUCUCACUUCGACUUGUACACCAGUAAAAAGUUCAGCGGGCGACAGAAUAACAAUGUAACUGAUGAGGUUUUGAGAGCAACACUUGUCGGUGCUAAGAGCAUGGAAGAUAGGUUAUCGGAUGCUAUGUUGAUGUAUAUUGAAGCAAAAGCUGAGCUGUCAGGACAGCAAGCGAAAUUAGCCCUUGUAUCUAAUUACAGCAAUGUCCAUCCUAGUCAAAUUGUUUCGUUAUCUAUGGAGGCUCAGAGUGCCAUAGAGCUAUUGGAACAAGAGGAAUGCAUCCUACUGCAGCAGAUUCAGGAUUCUGUGAAGGACUUGGUAGAUUAUCGCACCCGACUUGCUGUGGAGACCACUGCUAGGACUGCUUUGGCUGUCAGAGAACAGUUGCUUACCGACAUAAGUAAUCUUCAAGAAGCGACCCAGCGCGCCUUAGCCUUAGAUCGCGCGCUAUACUUCGCGCUGAGGCAUGAACUUCGCACACUCCACGAGGUGAUACAGUUCGCUUCACAUCUGCGACAAUAUGUCACCGCCCACAACGACGCGGUUGUCAGCAGAAUCGAAUCGAUGAACAUGAUAGCUUUAGAACAAGCAGCGUCGGAAGAGAAGCUUCGAACCUGUGACCCUCUAAUCACUGCACUCUGCGAUAUGCUGUCUCUGCCGCCCAAUAGUGAUGCGGUAGCGUUGGUUAAAGCUUACAGUGAGCUACAUAACACAAUUAAAGAAUUUGGCGGCGAUAUAGAAGAUAUGUUUAAGAAGAAAGAAGCAGUUUUGGAAGAAAUCCGCGUUGCCAGUCUUCCCUUGAAACAAUCUGUCUACGAAGGUUGCACUAAACAGCCACGCGUCUACGACGCGGGCGCCGCGUCGCUACAACAUCGCCUUCAACAAGAACUUCAGAAAACUGACAGCAAAGUGCUCGCUGUCAGCUCCCUGUAUACGCAAGUCAAGAAUGACGACAAACAUCACCUGAGAAAACUGUGGCAGUGGUUCAUAACAGAUCCGUCUAAACUCGCUGCGGCAGUCAAAGGAGUGCAAGGCAAAAGUUAUUUAUAAUAAUGUUUAUAACUUUCAAUCAAAAAAGUACUUUAUAUCGACCACUUAAGUACCACAGUGCCUUAAAUGCUACCACGAAAUUUAUACCGUAAAAGGAGACCCGGCACUUUUCAUAGAAAAAAUGCUAAACUUGUAUACAGUUGAAUUUGGUCUCAAAAUAAAGC